UGGUCUGGCUCUCUCCGGUUUUCUCUGUAAUUCUCCUGCUGCGGCCGCUAAAACCGUUGUGGGCUUUCGAAACGCAGGCUGGUCGGAUGUGGCCUGGAUUCUCCCUGGGGAUCUUUCUCAAGAGAUCCCGUCACAUAGGACACUAUGCACCUUCAGAUCCUGAAGAAAAGGCGCAAAGUGUUCAAGUAAUGCUUCGAGCUCGUUUGUGAGGGUGCCCAGGGACACCAUGCCGUCAUCAGGACACCGGCUCCGGGAUGUCGAACAUCAUCCUCUCCUGGCCGAAAACGACAAUUACGAUUCUUCGUCGUCCUCUUCCUCUGAGGCUGACGUGGCCGACAGGGUCUGGUUCAUCCGCGACGGCUGCGGCAUGAUCUGUGCCGUCAUGACGUGGCUCCUGGUCGUCUAUGCGGACUUUGUGGUGACUUUCGUCAUGCUGCUGCCUUCCAAAGACUUCUGGUACUCUGUGGUCAACGGAGUCCUUUUUAACUGCCUAGCGGUGCUGGCCCUGUCGUCCCACCUGAGAACCAUGCUCACAGACCCCGGGGCAGUGCCCAAAGGAAAUGCCACUAAGGAGCACGUGGAGAGUCUGCAGCUGAAGCCCGGGGAGGUGAUCUACAAGUGUCCCAAGUGCUGCUGCAUCAAGCCUGAGCGCGCCCAUCACUGCAGGUUUCUCCUUUUCAGUAUUUGCAAAAGAUGUAUUCGGAAGAUGGAUCAUCACUGCCCGUGGGUGAACAAUUGCGUGGGAGAAAAGAAUCAGAGGUUUUUCGUGCUCUUCACUAUGUACAUAGCUCUGUCCUCAGUCCACGCUCUGAUCCUCUGUGGCCUCCAGUUCAUUUCCUGUGUCCGAGGGCAGUGGACCGAAUGCAGUGACUUCUCGCCUCCCGUGACUGUAAUCCUGCUGAUCCUCCUGUGCCUUGAGGGUCUUCUGUUUUUCACGUUCACCGCAGUUAUGUUUGGUACCCAGAUUCACUCCAUAUGCAAUGACGAAACGGAGAUCGAGAGGCUGAAGAGUGAGAAGCCGACGUGGGAGCGGAGGCUGAGAUGGGAGGGGAUGCGGUCUGUCUUCGGGGGGCCCCCCUCCCUCCUCUGGAUGAACCCCUUCGUCGGCUUCCGGUUGGGGCGGCCGCAGACCAGACCCAGGAAGGGAGGCCCAGAGUUCUCCGUCUGAGGCCCGUCGGCGGACGCGAAGGGAUUCAGUCGAGUCCGGAAGGGCGGCGGCAGCUCACCUGUGACCAGUAGGGCGAACGGAACCGACAGACCAGAUGCCUGCAGCGAGCAGUUUUGUUUGUAGUCACAGAUCGCAGACUGUCCACGUCAGCGACGGGGGCCGGUUUCCGCCUGUACGACUAACAGAAGGUACGUGGCCGCGUGAAGAAGUGUCACGACCUUCCUGCACACUUAGGGUUUGGUUCGGGACACUGCAUUUUCUAAGAGGUUGUGUGGGAUAUUACAUGGGUUAUUAAAAUCCUGUGUCCUAA